CUGCUGCUGGGUGUCUGAGUGUGAUCAGUGUGUGAGGGAGGAGGGAGACAGUCGGAGUGUCUCUGUCUCUAGGCCAUGGCCUGUCUCAUGGCCGCCUGGUCCGUCCACAACCCCACCGUCACCAACUCCAUCAUCAUGAACACCAACGGACCCCCAGACCUGAUGCUGGACCCCCGGACGGUGUGUGUUUGUAUGGACGAGGUGGUCAACAGGCGGCCGGCGGGCCCGGUGCAGGGACCCCUGAGGAAGGUGGACCACAACCUGACGGAGGCCCAGAGGUUCUCCUCGUUACCACGGAGACCAGCGGUCAACAUCGAGUUCAAAGACGUGUCGUACUCGGUCAGAGAGGGACCCUGGUGGAGGAAGAAAGGUUACAAAAUGCUGCUCAAAGGGAUCUCUGGGAAAUUCACCAGCGGGGACCUGGUGGCCAUCAUGGGGCCCUCGGGAGCCGGGAAAUCCACCCUCAUGAAUAUCCUGGCCGGGUACAGGGAGACAGGGAUGAAGGGUGAGAUCCUGAUCAACGGUCAGCCCAGAGACCUACGCUCCUUCAGGAAGGUUUCCUGUUACAUCAUGCAGGACGACAUGCUGCUGCCGCACCUCACCGUACAGGAGGCCAUGACGGUUUCAGCCAACCUGAAGCUGCAGGAGAAGGUGGAGGCUCGAAGAGAGAUGGUCCGGGAGCUCCUGAUGUCUCUGGGUUUGCUGGACUGUGCUAAGACCAGGACGUCUCACCUGUCGGGGGGUCAAAGGAAGAGGCUGGCCAUUGCUCUGGAGCUGGUCAACAACCCUCCGGUCAUGUUCUUCGAUGAACCAACGAGUGGUCUGGACAGCUCGUCUUGUUUCCAGGUGGUGUCUCUGCUCAAAGCUCUGGCUCGAGGAGGACGGACUGUCAUCUGCACCAUCCACCAGCCCAGCGCCAAACUCUUCGAACUCUUUGACAAGCUCUAUGUGUUGAGUCAGGGUCAGUGUAUCUACAGAGGACAGGUGUCCAGUCUGGUUCCUUACCUGAGAGACCUGGGACUCAACUGUCCGACCUACCACAACCCUGCUGACUUUGUGAUGGAGGUGGCCUCUGGAGAGUACGGGGAUCAGAUGGUCCGUCUGGUCAGAGCCGUCCAGGACAGGAGGUGUGAGAAGGAUUAUCAGACGGAUCUGAACGGAGACGCCAACGUCCACGCACUCCUGUGGCAGCGAACAGAGGAGGAGACGUCCUCCUCUGAGGGUUGCCAUAGUUUCUCAGCCAGCUGUAUGACUCAGUUCUCCAUCCUGUUCAGAAGAACAUUCCUCAGCAUCCUCAGAGACUCGGUGUUGACUCACCUGAGGAUCUCGUCCCACAUCGGUAUCGGCGUUCUGAUCGGUCUCUUGUACCUGGGGAUCGGCAACGAGGCCAAGAAGGUUCUGAGUAACUCUGGGUUCCUGUUCUUCUCCAUGUUGUUCCUCAUGUUCGCGGCCCUGAUGCCCACGGUCCUCACAUUUCCUCUUGAGAUGGGAGUUUUUCUGAGGGAACACCUGAACUACUGGUACAGUCUGAAGGCGUACUACCUGGCCAAGACCAUGGCUGACGUCCCUUUCCAGGUGGUCUUCCCGGUGGUCUACUGCAGCAUUGUGUACUGGAUGACGGCUCAGCCUCCCGACGCUGCUCGCUUCUUCCUCUUCUUGUCUCUGGGCGUCCUGACGUCGCUGGUGGCUCAAAGUCUGGGGCUUCUGAUCGGAGCGGCCUCCACCUCACUACAGGUGGCCACGUUUGUGGGUCCAGUCACAGCAAUCCCAGUUCUGCUGUUCUCCGGGUUCUUCGUGAGUUUUGACACCAUCCCCUGGUACCUGCAGUGGAUGUCCUACAUCUCCUACGUCAGAUACGGGUUUGAAGGCGUCAUCUUGUCCAUCUACGGUCUGGACCGACAGGAUCUUCACUGCGAUGAAGACGACACGUGUCACUUCCAGAAGUCGGAGGCCAUCUUGAAGGAGCUGGACAUGCUGGACGCCAAACUCUACCUGGACUUCAUCGUCCUCGCCGUCUUCUUCUUCUCUCUGAGGCUCAUGGCUUAUUUCGUCCUCAGGUAUAAGAUCAGCUCUGAGCGAUAGGACAAUGAGGACAAUGAGGGCGAGGACGUCUGUUAGCCGUUAGCCUGUAGCCGAGCAGUUUUUCUACUUUGGGCCGAUGUGAGACGGACUGGUUUGAUCCGGACCAGGAACCGGAGCUGGUCUCUUUGUUCCUGGAGGUUUCACGGUGCCACAACCUGACAGACAGUCGCACAUUUUUAAUUUCCUCUCAUCAGAGUAAACGUUCAUGUUACUGUAGUUUAUCUACUGAGGUCAGAGGUAACAAUCAAUAAAGACCUUUAAUUUCCUCAA